AUGCUCAUCGAUCGCCCUGCCCGUCACGUGGGUCGCUUUGAACAGUCUUGGAGAGAAAGUGAUAAUGUUACAUGCGGCGAAGGAAAGAAGAAGAAAGAAAGAAAGAAAGAAAGAAGGAAGAAAGAAGAAGGAAAGAAAGAGAAGGAGAAGAAAGAAGAAAGAAAGAAGAGGAAUGGAAAGAAAGAAGAAGAAAGAAAGAAAGAAAGGAAUGAAAGAAGAAAGAAAGAAAGAGGACAGAAAGAAAGAAGAAAGAAAGAAAGAAAGAAAGAAAGAAAGAAAGAAAGAAAGAAAGAAGAAAGAAAAAUAAAUGAAACUUUAAUAAGACGCGAGGAAAGGAGUAAAACUUAUUGCAAAACUCCUGCUUGUUACUUAAACAAAUUCUGGUCAAACGCUCUCUAUGAGAAGUCUGUAAAUUCAAUUGAACUGUACGCAUUUGCUGUUACCAACGAGUCCAAGGGAAUCAUUGGGAUGCGUAUGGCAGAGCAGGUACUCUUGUUAUGUGAAGUUACGUUUUUGGUCACUCAGUCGACUCCCACUGAGGUCUGGAGAUAUGAUAACUACGGUUUAAAACCUGGUCGUCCAUAUGGCUUACUCAUAGGAGUUGACGUUUUUGUAGCAAUGUCAAACAUCAUCUUGAUCUUCGGAGUCAUGACUACCAAACUGCACUACCUGUACGCGUGGAUGUCCGUCGCGCUGGUGGAUGCGUUCGUGCCAAUCGCAGCCAUCAUUUCUGGCACAUGUUUUAGCAGUCACAGAUAG